AUGCUGGUGCUGGUGUUACUGUGUACGGUGGUCCUGAUGGACUGUUCUGCCGGAGAUAAUGCGUUCAUCGAUAGCCCUCCCGAAGGCUACUACGAACGAACGUCACUAGCUGGUAAGCGAGUUUAAUACACACAUUUUGGGCGCUUGUGACACGCACGUUAAAUGGACGGUUUUCUCGAUAACCCAGAUUGUCCCAGUCGGUUCUACAGUGAAGAUGUGUCCAGUGCGUUGGGAUUUUUCAUCUACGGCGGAGGUCGAGCGUACCUCAAUGAGUUUCCUCACAUGGGCGCGAUCGGAUGGACGACACAAAAUGCGGCGGUCCCGCGUUUAGUCGAGUAUAAAUGCGGUGGAUCGUUAAUUGCGGCAAAGUGGGUGCUAACCGCCGCUCACUGUGGACAGGAUGAGAACAGGAUUGCUCCCGACACGGUACGGCUCGGUGAUACGGACCUGGCCACGACGGCAGAUGAUGCUAGUGCCCAACAGUUCACCAUCGUGAGCUUCACGGUGCACGAUAAGUACAAGAAGAGCAAAAAGUACUACGACAUUGCGCUGAUCGAGCUGGACCACGAGGCGAAGUUCACGCUGGCCGUGUGUCCGAUUUGUCUGUGGCCGUUGGACAAUUUGCAAGACUUCAGUGCAAGCCUGCGAUCGGUUGGUUUUGGGCAUACUUCUUAUGGAUCCGGAAUGAGUCCAGUGUUGCAGAAGGUAUCACUCAACUACUACGACUCCGAAUCGUGCAACAAUGAGCUACCGAGACCGAAGUUCUUCAAGGACGGCCUGACGCAGGAUCAGUUCUGUACGAAAACUCCAAACAAAGAUGCCUGCCUCGGGGACUCGGGUGGCCCACUGCAGAUCGAUCUGUCCGACGUGUCGCGGAUCAUACCGUACCUGACGGGUGUGGUCUCAUUCGGAACGGGGUGUUGGGAUGGCUCGUUCGGGGUGUACACCAAAGUGUCCAGCUACAUCGACUGGAUUCGGCAGAGGGUGAACGUGACGGUAGAUCCGAUCGAGUGUGCCCGGAACUCCGAGUGCCUGCGAUCGAGACCUUUCUCCGACAGCCGCCUGAGUCCUCAGAACAAUUCUCCAUUCUUCAAGGUCAACCUUCGAAAGUCGGACAAUAGUUCCUUCCACCAGUGCAGUGGAGCCUUGAUAGACUACCGUCACGUUGUUACAUCGGCUACGUGCGCCUCCCGAAACAAUCAGCGGCCAGCCUUCGUCGAGGCCAACAACAAUCUGAUCGAGAUCGUCGAUGUCGAUCUACACCCGCAGUACGUUCCCGGCAAGAGCUACAACAACCUGGCGGUCCUUACGCUCGGCAAGUUCUACAACCCCAACAAGAUCUACCAGAUCAUCGCCCCGGCCUGCAUGUGGAAGGAAGAUCGCAUUACCGAUUUGGUAAUGUUUUUCUCGGGCUACGGCCCGGAAGUGAAGGACGAUCCGAAGGAAAAGGCGAACAGUGUAUCGCUUAAAAUUUUGGUAGCUCUGCUAACGGAAAAUGGGCGUUGCGAGGCGAACGACGCGUGGAAGGUAAACACCAGUCUUGCGGCGGGCUUUAACAGCGAUUUUCUCUGCACACACAACCCCAUCGAUUUGGUGCCCGGGAUUUGCAAGCUCGAACCUGGCGGCGCAGUUUCCAAUUUCCGGCGAGAUGAUAUUGUUCCGUACGUAUACGGAAUCAACGCGCUCGACGAGGGUCCUUGCGGUGGGUCUCAGAACCCCUUCGUUGCUACCCGACUGGCACCGUCCUACAACUGGAUUGAGUCGAUCGUGCUUAACCGGACGAUCGAGCAUAUUCCUGGGACAAUCAUUCCUCUGCUACUUUCAGAUGUACUAACUAAUCACAUUAGACCGUACGGAGAUGACCUUCUUCGCAGACCGUCUGCUACUACCGUGCAAGUCUAUCAUCAGUCAUUGAAGAAUACGCCGGAUACGUACAAAAUUUAUGGACCUCACUUUGGUCUUCCACUUGGGCAGAAGGUCAACCCACUGCUACCAGCUACUCGUGUGGCCCCCGUAAGGCCAGUGAGCGCUGCCCGCCCGACAGACCCCCAGAUCGAAAUCGUUCCAUCGCUAGAACUACCUGGGUUAGGGCAUGUGAUCAACUACACACCGUUCCCGGUACAGCAGCAUCAGCAGCAGUACCAGAGAACUCCACCCUACCAGCAAGUGCAUCCUUAUCAUCAGCAGCAGCAUCCUCACCAAUCGAUCGUAGAUCACAACCAACUUGUAUCGAUCAUCCGAUCUGUGGAGUUGCACGAGAACGGUUACUGCACACUGCCGACUGGAGCCGUUGGCCGCUGUCUGCACUAUACGCGCUGUCCUUCGAUGUACUGGAACACUCAAAACGUGGCCGCCUACCUUCGCCUAGGCUUGGUUCCCUUUUGCAACCAGCAGCAACAGAUCGUUUGCUGUCAGGUACAGUGAAAGGUACACCGGCGAGUGUAGGAAACGCGCCUGGAACUCCCAGCAGGAGUUGUCCACAAGUGUACACCGCUUAACACCGGAGCCCAUAAAUACUCAAUAUGGUUAGUGUUACUU